ACAUACAGGAUUUUGAGGCAGUGUCAGCAAAAGGUGUGUAGUUGUGAUUGCAUGUAAGAGAAAGAAGAAGAUCGCCGGUCUUUACAGAACAAACAGCUUCUGUUCUGUCCAUCUUGUCAUCAUUUCUCCAGCUCUAAACAUGAUGCUGCUGCUGCUGUCCCUCGUGCUGCUGUCACUCACCGAUGAUGGCCACGCUCUGCAGGUGUGGGGUCAUAGAGAAAAUGGCUCAUGCCUGUGUGAGGUAAACCCCGACCUGUGGGUGUUCCCUGCUGCCAAGUAUGAUGCUGCACUGCAGACUGUUCUAACAUGUGAAGGAUCUUUGGACAAGCUGCAAGAGCAGGUCAAUUUGUCCCUUCAGCGUCUCCCUCAGGUCAAGGCUCUGAUUCACAAUGUGAGCAGUCAGCUGGAACCUUUCCAGUACCUGCACUACCAGGGCCUGUACUCAGACUUGUCUCUGCGUCUGCUGGGACAGGAGCUCAGCCAGCUGGAGACAGACGUCAGUGCCAUCCACAGCCAGCUGAACAACGCCGAAACACAAAAACUCUCUAAAGAGGUGAGUAAUCUGCGUGGCAAGGUGCGACGGAUGACAAUGACAGACACAGUUAACAUGAAAUCUGUGAAAGAGAAACUACGCAACCUGAAGAACACCGCCGAGUCCUGCAAGUCCAUCCCCAACGAUUUCAGAGGCCAAGGUAGUUACUGCUUAAAGGGUCUGCUCUCCAAUGUCAGCAGUCCUGUCAUGACCAAGAUAAGUCCCUAUGGUAAGUCCUACAUCUCGGGCUCAUGGGGCAAACAGGCCCAGAGGGACAGCGAGGAGUACACGACCAGCUAUUGGGUCCAACCUCUGGUCAACAGCCACAUCUGGGGAAAUACUCUCCGCACCUACAAAGACUAUGACGACUUCAUGGCUUCUGCCAACCACAAAGAUUUUACCUUUGCUCCAUCGCACACCCAUGCCAACUCUAUUGAGGGUCCCAGUGGUGUCCUAUACGGUGAAGCCUUCUACUACAACUGCUACCGUUCUCCGGAUGUGUGCCGCUACGAUCUGAAAACCAGUCAUGUCAAACGGGUAAAACUUCCAGGCACCGAAGUGGGUUUCAACAAUAAGUUCCCUUACUGUUACUACGAGUGCCGUGCCAACAGUGACAUAGACAUAGGAGUAGACGAGAAAGGACUAUGGGCCAUCUAUGCCACUGUUGGUAACCAUGGUAAUCUAGUGGCGAGCAGGCUGGAGUGGGACAGUGAAAGCGAAACACUCAAUGUCACACAGACGUGGGAGACGAGACUAUUCAAGAAGGCGGCGAGCAAUGCUUUCAUGGUGUGUGGUGUGCUGUAUGCCACUCGGUAUGUGGACUUAUACCGUGAGGAGGUUUUCUAUGCCUUUGACACAGCAACAGGCAAAGAGGAUAACUCACUAGCACUGCCACUGGAGAAGGUCGCUAAAGGAAUGGCCAGUCUGAGUUACAACCCCACCAACAGGCAGCUCUACAUGUACAACGAUGGGUAUCUGCUGGCAUAUGAUGCCCAAUUCUGAUCUGAGGCCGCUGUGCUGUGUCCCCCUGUUAGCCACGUUUCUAUGACACACGGAUAUUGCUAAGCAGAAAACAAUCAAGAAAGUAAACAACAGCAACAUGGAUUAACCAAUGUUAGCAUUUGUCUACUGGAACAAGCUUAAUCAUGCAUUGUGCAUAGCUUACACAUAAUGUUACAGAUGUUUCCAAUGUAUAAUGAUAAUAUGUAAUGGUAUGAAAAAUAAAAUAAACUUUGCACUUAAAAUUUA